AUGUGGGCUCCCCCCUACCAAAAGGUUCCAACUGGUGUCCAAAAAGGCUCAUCACUUCAACCUCAGGUUCGCGUACGCCCCCGAGGCUACGGGGAGCGGCUGAAAGUGAUCCGUGAGGAUUGGGACUCCGUGCAGUCAGCGGCGGAAGCGGACGACGAGGACGAGGCGGUGGUGAGGAGCUUCGGAAAGAUGUGCGCCUUCAGCAAUCAGGUCAUGGGACAAGAGACGGAGAAUUGGAUGGAAGAACUCCUGGAGGUCUUCCAUGUCCUGGUGGAACGGAUCUCUAACCCGAGCUUAUUGCAAGAAGAGUGCGAGUUGCUGGCCAUCAGCGUCAGCAAGUCCAAGGAGAUCGACUUUGGAAAGUUCAAGCCGGUGAUGAUGGCAGCCUUGCGUUCUUUGCUGCCCAAGACCUGGAGCACUUCACAUGAAACGGCAUGGGAGUGGCUUUGGCAAACCAUUGCCCGGAACCUCAAAGAAGCCACAGCCAAGGUGCGUAUGUACAAGCCCUACAACGCCCACUUGUUCUCAGUCCUUGGGGACGAGUUCCACAAGCCCAAGAUCGAGAUGGUCGACGAGCUGUCAGCGCUGGGUUUACGCCAUGUCGGCUAUGGUGUUCCCAUCGAGCUCUUUGGGCCCUUCGCCGACUCCUGCGUGGAGGUGAUCAAACCCGUCAUCGAUGCUUUGCCUGAAGGCAAGGCGUUGGCGGCGAGUGGCGAUGCUUUUGGGCUGUCUCCCAAGAACGACUCUCCCAUGGUGCCGACGAAGAGCGGCUCCGGAGAUGCUGCGCCACUGGGUCCGUACAGGCCGUCGGAGAGCGAAGAUCGGCUCGAGAAGAUCGGGCACCUGAUGCUCGAGGGCUUCCGCUGGUCUAUUGGAUUGGUCUCUCGGGUCCUGGUCCGGACCAUCAUCGAAGGCUCCACGGCGGUGAUGCAGGCCAUCCACCAGGCGGACCCCAAGCGCUUGCGCCGGGCGCUGCGCGAGGCUCCGCGCAGCGAGCGCUUUACCUGGCAGCUGAGCGUGCGCGUGGGCAGUCAAUCGAUUUCACCGCUCUAUUGGGCCUUGCGAAGUGGGGCUCACAACGUGGCCAAGACCAUGAUCCAAGAUGUGUUGACCAUCCGCGCAGACCGAGACAACUACUACUAUGGGGUGAAUGAUCUCUUCCGACUUCAGCCAGAUGUGGGACCUAGCAACCUACCGCAGGGUCUUGCAACUUGUAGAACUCACCGUGCUGUGAACAGAUUGAUAUAUAUAUAUAACUAUAUAUAUAACUAUAUUAUAUAUAACUAUAUAAUUAACAUUGAUAUUAGGGAAACUUCUGGACUUGUAUGUUUUUCUUGA